AUUUUCUUCGUGCGUCAGCGUCAGCUAAGUGAUAGGCUUCGUGCCUCAUUUCAUGAAGGAAAUCUUAGACGACUUUCAGCAGCCUCUUUUGAUUUCUGUGCUACCGAUGACGAUGAUGAUCGCAAUGUACGACUGCAAUCUCAAAAUUUAGAUGUCAAACAAACCGAAAAGGGAAAGACAUCGUGAGGUGUUCGAUGAUGAUUUGUUAGAUAAUUACAUUUCGUCGGUGAAAGUAAGGCCAGGUAUGCAAUAAUGAUCAAAUGUCAAUUUCCCGUCAGAAAUGUGGCGUCUGACUUUGACUUCAAGCUACCCAUGCGGUGGCAUCGUUUGUAUUAUUUUUUUUUUCUGAUUCCAUCAAAGGAUCCAGAAUUUUAAAAAUCAUUUAUUAAUAUUCCAUAAGCACCAUGUCAUCAGAUACUUCAAAAACAUACUUCAUCACUCAAGAGGUCCAAAAGGUUCUAAAAUGUAAUAAGGCUCUUUACAUUUGAAUUGAUAUCGAGCACGAGAUGUGUAGAAUCAACCUACUGGGCAAGGACGGUAGCAAGGUGACGACGGUGAUAGCGACGCCAGGACAAGGGCCGGAUAGGCCGCAGGAGGUCUCCUACACGGACACCAAGGUCAUCGGCAAUGGCAGCUUUGGCGUCGUGUACCAGGCUCGUCUUUGCGACUCCAAUGUACUGGUCGCCAUCAAGAAGGUGCUGCAGGAUAAGAGGUUUAAGAAUCGAGAACUGCAAAUUAUGAGGAAAUUAGAACAUUGUAACAUAGUUAAACUAAAAUAUUUCUUUUACUCCAGUGGAGAUAAGAAGGACGAGGUGUACCUGAAUUUGGUGUUGGAAUAUAUUCCAGAAACAGUAUAUAAAGUAGCGAGGCACUAUAGCAAGUCAAAACAGACUAUACCCAUCAGCUUUAUAAAGUUAUAUAUGUACCAAUUGUUCCGAUCACUAGCAUAUAUUCACUCAUUAGGCAUAUGUCAUCGGGACAUAAAACCGCAAAACUUGUUGUUAGACCCAGAGACUGGAGUGUUAAAAUUAUGUGAUUUUGGAAGUGCGAAACACCUUGUCAAAGGCGAGCCUAACGUAUCGUAUAUUUGUAGCCGUUACUACAGGGCACCGGAGCUGAUAUUCGGUGCGAUCGACUACACGACAAAGAUCGACGUAUGGAGCGCGGGUUGCGUGCUGGCCGAGCUUCUGUUGGGCCAGCCGAUCUUCCCCGGUGAUUCUGGCGUUGAUCAAUUGGUCGAGAUUAUCAAGGUACUGGGCACGCCCACCAAAGAGCAGAUCAAGGAGAUGAACCCCAACUACACGGAGUUCAAGUUCCCGCAGAUCAAGUCUCACCCCUGGCAACAGUACAUGCUGACGAGACUAUCGAUGCCAUUUGACACAACAAAUCACCAAAAGAUACGAGUGUUUCGUGUGAGAACGCCCCCCGAGGCCAUCGAGUUGGUGGCACGACUGUUGGAGUACACUCCCUCCUCGCGGAUCAGCCCUCUACAAGCGUGUGCCCAUCCCUUCUUCAACGAGCUCAGGGAACCCAACACCCGUCUGCCCAACGGCAACGAACUGCCCCCACUUUUCAACUUCACCGAGCACGAGUUGAGUAUCCAGCCGUCGCUGAACGCGCUGCUCAUCCCGCGGCACCUAGAGGCGGGCGCAGCUGCGGCAACGGCAGCAAACAGCCAAUCGCAACAGCAGGAGGGCAGCGGAGGCGGUGGGUCGUCAGCAGCCCAAUCGGGGACGGCUAGCACCGGGGGCGGGCCCACCGCGGGCGGCACUGCGGCAGACACUGCCUCAUCGGCGGCAGACGCACCGGCACAACCGUCCGGUAUAGCUUAGUCAGAUACAUAUAGCAGUAUAGUAGUAGCCAACACACACAACAACCAACAACACACAUUCAACACUCACUCACACUCCCCACUCCUUUCAUGAUAUGACAUUUGAACGCGCCAAUGCCUCGCCCCAACAAACGAUUCUAUUACCUUGGGUUUUUGGCAAGGACUGGGUGAAUAUAGGGAAACAGAUGUUGUUGCACAAGUGAGCAUGCUUACUGGUUUCAGAAUCUUCAAAGUAACAUCCCCAUCAGUUACUGGGGGGCGGAAAGUCAUAUACAGAAACACAGCAAAAUUGAACCGUGACGUCCUUAGUACACAGCGACUGGAUGAAUCUAGAACGAAUGAUCGUAAUUUUACAAACUUAACAAGUGAAUCUCUAAGAUUCCUAUUGGUUUGUGCUUGGAUUUUCUUUGAGGGAGAUAUUUUAUGUCGCCUGGAGUUUACUGUUCUCUUGUCAACUAUGGACAUUAAAAUUCAAACAUUCCAUACCAACAUCGAUUAAUUAAAUUAUAUGAUGGCAAUCGAUGUAUCGUAAAAUUCUGCUAUCAAAUUUUAGUGAUGAGAGGUCUGUCGCAUGAAGGUUUCUUUUUCGUAUGCUGAAGCUAUAUAUUUAAGUUCAAGUAUGUGUCACCAUCUUCAUCAUCAAUUCCAUUUUUUAUUUUUUUCCUAUUACUUCCAGAUUUUGUCAUUAAGACGUUUUCAGUGUAUUUCAAAAUCAUCUCAAGGCAUGAAUGUUUUGUGAUUUGUGUGAAACUGACUUCUAGAAAAAUUGAAAAGGUAACCACAUUUACAUAAUAGAAAACCUAUAUUCCUUAUAAUACUAUUUCUAUUAGUAGUAUUCUUCACGCGCUUAAUGUAAUUUUUUCAUUUAUGCUAUACAUAUUGUAGCGUCUUACCAGUCUUUCAUCCACAAAUAAACUACCAAUGUCACCUUUUGCAGAUAAAUAAUGUUUGCACAAAUCAAAAAGCAAGUUUUUUUUAUUUGUUUAGAAAACGUUACCUUCAGAAUAACAAAAUAUGAACUAACUGUUCCAAAGGACCAUCUAUUUCUUUAUGGUCGGUCAAUGUUUAUUACUAUGCAAUACAAAAAGGCAUAUUUGUCUGCCUGAAAUGCAGAAGGAAAGAGUUUCAUUUGUUUACUACAGAUAAUGUCUCUGACCAGUCUUACUAUGAAAAACGUACUGAUUUCAGCAUCAGAAACUUGAAAAUCUAUAAAAGUCCAUAUGUUCGAGAAAAUAACUUCUCAAAUAGUCAUUAUAGUCCUGACGUUUCCGAGUAGCCCAAUCCAGGCCAGGGUGCCCCUUCCCCUCUAAUCCCGCCUGUCCUUUACCCACCCUUCCACAGUUCCUUACAGUGUUGCCGUUGAGGAAACGUUCUGGAAACUGCAUACUGUCAUUUGUCACUUGUCAAUCAGCGGACAGAAGGAAUGUGUAGAUGGGUAUGUGGACUAUGUUUAGUAAAGAGUUAUAAAUAUGUAUAUUAAUAUAAUAAGAUGAACUGUUGCGGUGGAAUAGUAAUCAAUGUGAUAACAAGGUUGGGGAGUUAGCGUAUUUUAGUCGUUCGUAGCCUUUUAGUUUCAAACCACAUCUUUAUAAAACACUACUCAAGAUGAAUGUCCUAUCUAUGCAGUCACGUAGGCAAUGAGCAAUUAUGUGGUGCUGAAAGGCAGCUUAGCAUUCAAGGCAAAACCGAGUUGCAAACAUGUUUUUAUUUUUGUUAGAUCCCCCCAACAAUUUGGACAUCCCAGUUAUGCCUUUAAUUACAGUGUAAUUUUGAGGACCUUACAUACAUAACACGUCUAUGAGAAGUUGAUAUUGAAUCAGCAAAAUCCAAACUUCUAUGACGAAUCUAAAAUUAUUAUUAGCAUAUGUAACAUGAGAACCUUUCGCACCUGCAGCGGGAGAAGUAUACAUCAAUUAAGAAUAGCUGUACAAUCAACAAUUUAUAGAACUACAUGAUAUCCCGAUAAUUGUAAUUGCCAAGGUAGGCGAACUCCUCAACGGGACUAGUGACUUCAGCUUUUUAGAAAACUUGCUCGUACUAUGUAUCACUUUAAUAUAAGUAAUAGACCUUAUAAAGAUGCAUUCCUUCUUCGUUUCAUGCUGACGUGGUAGCGAUUGCAGUUUCCAGAAAGCGACCUUGAAGAAAUGUUUCGAAACGUGUAAUAUUUAGCUUGUAAUCAACCUAGUGGGGAUUGUCUCAUCUCAGAUAUAUAUUACAUUUAGUAAGCGAUAUGUGUGAGAAGACAGCUGUACUAUAGAAAUUAAUAACAAUAUAAUGUGCGUUGUACAGAACAUUGUUUGUAGUGGCAUUUUAUAUUUUAAUGCCCCUCCCUUCUCCCAUCUAUAUACUACGGUUUCUUUAUAGAUUCUUAUUUGUUUUAAGCGAGACAAUUUUUUACUAAGCGCGCUACUCUGUGUCACAGGUUUAUUGUGGAACGACUGAUGAUACUGUUUCGGGCACCUAGAAAGUGAACUGAAAGCGUUUUUACGGAGGUGAUGAGUACAAAGUUAAUAUUCUAACCAAUCAGACACGAAGAUUUCCCAUGUGAUUGGUAAAUUCUGUCUUGGUAGUAUGUGUUAACAAAACCAAAAUUACAGAAAGAAAUUGUAUACUUGCAUGUUCUAAGGAUCACAGAUGCUUCAAAUAUUAACCUCCAGCUUCUGAACAUGUUGCGACUCAAGCCGUGUAUAAAUGCAUUUAACACUUACUUAUCAUGAAUGAGACCAAGCUAAUUUAUCCUAAUGAUUGAUGAAUGCAUUUAGUUUUGAACAAGUUUAGUUACAUCCGCAGAAUCAUUCUGUGAUGUGAAAUUGAUAUAGCAUUAAUAAGGAUGCUUUAGUUCAUUUAGACAUAUUGCCCAUUUCACUUGUUGAGAUGCAUCUAAGCCGUUUUUAUUACAAAACAGUGCUUUUGGAUAUUGCUCAGUAGCGUAAAAUCUGUUUCGGAAACAGAGUUGACAAUGGUGAAGAAUAUACAAAAUAAUGUGCAUUAUAUAAAAUUGACGUGUUAAAAGGCUUUUGAUGGACAAGAACAGUCCAAGUUAUACGUUUUGUCAAAACUAUAUUAUUAUUAUACAUAAUAGAGGAGUUAAGCAAAAGCUAUAAACUCUAAACAGAGAUAAGAAAUUACACAUAGAAAAAAAAGAUCAUGUCAUAAGCAAACUAGAGUUCGCCGUGCACCUGUCGAAACGAUUCUUGAUCCCGUUAACUGCGGAUGCUUGUAUCCGAAACUAGCUUCCAAAAUCUCAUUUGUAUUUUUAUGUUCCUACUAGCAUCUCUAAAAUAUUUUGAACUCACAAUAGUUUGCACCAAAUGGAAGAAGUAUACUGAAAAUUCCAGAAAUAUGUGUAGUGUGAAAUCUUCGAGUCUUCAUGCUUAUCUUAGCACCAAUUCCAUAAAAAUUGUUAAUUUGAUAAUUUUGAAGACUAUUGACAUGAAUCAUUCUCAUUUGCUAUCACCUUGUUGGUGUCAGAAGUUCCUCAAAUUAUUGAUUAUAAUAAAAUUAAUAAAAAGCGCACUGUCUGAAAUGAUUUUUGUUGGUUUUGUGUUGACAGAGACUUUGAUUUUUGGUUGAAUGUGAUAGCUAUGCUUUUCUGGGUAUGAAAUCAAUCAUAUCACUCAGUCUGUCAAAAAUAGUUGAGUACAAAAAAGUCCUUCACAAAAUAAAUCAUUCUUAUAAUGAAGGAUCUUUCUCAAUUGCAAAUUUAAACCGUAUCAUCACAACUUUCCUAAGCACAUUUUCAAAAACUUUUGACACCACUGUUUGAGAACAUUUCCGAGUAACCGCAUUUGAUUGGUCAAAUAAAUUGUCAGACUGACAGUAUGUAUGAAAUCGGCCCUCAGUAGUUUUCUGAACCUCCAAUAGUAGUAGUAUCAUACUAGUGAGAUUUAAAUAUUAGGUACAACAACGUCAGCAUUGAGAUUUUGGAGAUCUGUCUCACUCUAAUCCAAUAUUUUCGAUUCGGCGGUGCCUCUUGAUCAGUAGUUUAUGCUUACAGAUAUAUAACAAUUUAUAAUAAGUAGUGUAUUUCGAUGUUGCCGAAUCAAAAAUAUGGGACGACACACGCUACUUAUCCUUCCGUAAAAGUGACCGUAAUGUUAGCUCGUUUUCUAAAUCUAGAAUUUUAAAUUCGAAUGCACAUUAAAGGAUGGUUUCUCUAAAAUGAUUUUCAAUGACGUUUCAUGUUCAACUCAUAUUUUUACUGAAAGAAAAAUACAAUUAGUAAUUGCAAAAAAAUAGCAACAGUGGCAGAAUGGUCGAUAUUUCCAACUAUAAUCAUUUGAAUGUUUUAGUUUUUUCCAAGUAUUUUCCAAUUAAACCAUUUUAUUAUCACCUAGAGAGGUCCAGUGUCGAAAGAAUGUUCAUAGUACAUGUGAAGCACUCAUGUUUGCGAUAAAUUUCGCUUAGCGCGCAUUUUGUGUUGAAAUUCGUGGUCUAGGAAAUAGGCUAUUUUUGGACAAUUUUUAGGGUCACUUUUUGUUAUUUUAAGCCUCUAUAUGUCACGGAAAGAGCUUACAACAUAUUUAUACAUAUUGGAAAAUCUGGUGGGUAGGAGUUUUAUUUAAAUCAAGUUAUAGUAUGUGUACAUAUACUUUGUUUACUUAGCUAUUGAUUCUUUUUUGUAUAUUUCUGGGAAUGUACUGAUUCCUCUGUAUCUCUUUGUAAAAUGUGUUUUAUUAACGAUUAAUUAUAUUGAUCCUAGUAAUCUUAAUUUUUUUAUUUAUAUAUUCCUUCGAUUAAAUGUAUGAUACCAGGUUUUUCAAUAAAAAACUUGAAACGACUUUAUUGUUAGUCUCGAUAAAAAUAGCCCAGUCAGGAGAACAAUUUCAAGAAACAUUGGACGAGAAAGCUGCAUUUUGACAUGAAGGUGUGCAGAGGUAUUUUGAAAUAAUUUUAACGUAUGGAUAACUAGAGGCAAUAUUUGAAAAUAAUAAUGUCUCUGACACCCCAAAUUCGGAAAAGCAUUGACCCUGAGAUCUUUUGAGUCAUGGCGGAAUGCAACUUUUACGUCUAUUUUUCCUUGUGGAAAAGGAGUCCUUUAACAGUGAAAGGUUGCUCCUUGAGAUAUCGGAUUUUAGUGUCGUUCUCUUUUUAGCAAACAAAAGGAAAUAAGACCGCCAAAUUGAAACAUUUAACGGACGAGGAAGAACGUUGGUUGGGUGAUGAUGAUGCCAAUUUAACUUGGAUGAACUAUAGUUGUACUAGAAUGGGAAAGCUGGUGUCUAUCUCUCUCAGUAAGAAUAAUGACAGCUGAAAUAUUUACUUUUUAAUUUUGAAUCUAGCAAUAUGUAUAUUUAACAUAGAAAUAAAUUUAUUUUAAAACAGCAGCUUAGCUUGGACUUUUGUUUAUAAUAUUAUUUAUUCGUGGGGUCUCAAAAUAAAGUACAAGCAUAAUUCAGUGCAUUGGUUAGCUCUGCAACUUUGUAACAUUUAAAAGGAAAUAUUUCAUUUCAAAAAAACAUUUUACAAAGAACUGUUAUCAUCAAACAUUGUUUUAGAAAAAAGAGCAUCUAGUAGAGCUCAUUUCUUGAAUGACUUCCUACUUUUUAUUAUUCUCAUUGAGAUUAUAAUUCAUAAUUAACUAUAUUAGUACCAUAAAAUAAAAGAGAACUUGCAUUUUGACCGAGGGGUCUUACAAGCAAAUUGCUUCACUGCAUACUGAAUUUCAUGAACGUAGGGUAAGGCAUACUCUUACUACUAAUGUAAAACAUGUUAUUGCUCACUGCAAUUCUGCUAAUAAUAUUGCACUGAAAGUUACCUCCAACUCCACACGAACCCCGAGGCAAUUUAAACUAUACCCCAUUCGUAGUCCAUUUACGGAAUAAUAUAACAAAAUAAAUAUUAUUUUAUAGAAAGAAGUGCACAUACUUUUCACAAUUCUUUAUUCGCUGGAAGUACUUGAAUCAUUGUCCGAAGGGUUAAUAUGAAUUAUUACAGGUUCAAUUUGAAUACCAAUCAUAUUGUCCAGACCCCACAUCUUUGUUUCGCUUGUCUCUUAAACGUGACGGAUGCAAUCCUUCCAAUGGUUUUCCGUCACCCUGUUGACUGCUUCAUAAAACAAAUUUUUCACAUCAGAAAAUUUGAGUGUUCUAUAGUUUUAAUCCACAUAGUUUUUUAUAUUUGCCCAAAUCAUUUCAAUGGUAUUUAAUGCGCAGUGAUUAAAACGGUCUUAUUUUGGUUUUUAGCCAUUUCGUCAAUAACAAUAAGAUUAUAUUUAUAUUUGUGCUGUCUGACUAGAUGGAUGAGUUCUGCUUUGACCGUAUUUUAAUUGAAACUAAUGUCUUUUGUUAGGAGCCAUUGUUGGAUUUCUGCCUUUCUUGUGGCAUUGUGGGAAUGUUUUCUAGUGUGAUAUGCAGCAUUAUCAAGUACAAUGACGGCAUUGUCGUCAAGCUUUGGGAACUUGUUUUCAAACUACCGUUCAAAUGAACUCCCGUCAUUUUCAUGGUAGUCGGUCGUUUUCUGUGACUCAAAUGCUCAUAGGGCAAAGACAGAUAAAAAAUCGUUUUACUUUUCCAGGAAAUCCUGACAUCAUUUUUACAACACAAAUGACGAAUUGGUUAGAUACACGUACCUGUCGGAUUCUUUAGACCAGUGGUUAGUCCCUCUAAGAAGACUUGUCUUGCUGAUUUGAUUGUAGGGUCAGUCCAUACUUUAGGUUUUCUAUGUCCUGCAUUUAUCCAGGUUUCAUCCAAGUAAUAAAUCUCCCUGCGCUGGUCGCAGUAUUUAUUUAUUUAUUGAUUUUAAAUAAUUUCUUAUCCAUAAAAUAAUCUCUUGGUUAUCCAUCAAAAUACUAUUUUUGUCCCGUUUUCUAUACUCAAAACUAUAGAAUGUAGUCCUUUUGAAAGUAGGUAAGCUUUCAUCACUAUUAACCUUCUGUAGUACUUUGUCUGCCUUUCAAAAAAUUGUUGCACUUUGCGUCUGAUGGCAUUCCGAUCAAAGUUAUCAACUGUAUCCCACAGCUUUGUGCGAUGGAGACAUUUUUUGUUUUUUUAUAUUCCUUAACAAUGUUGAAAAUUGUCUUGGGACUUAAGCCUGUGUUGUUCGCCACACGUCUUUGAAUAUUUCAGGAUGCCCUAAAAUUUCGCUCUUACAUGUAUAAACGUUAAGGGCAAUUUCUUUUGCCUGAAUAUUCAAAUGUUCCUUCUUGUCACUUUUUCGGAGAGGAGACAUCACUGAAGAGGGAGCAUCUGCUGUGUCUGUAGACGACAUGCUCUACGUAUAAAUACACGCUAUUUCUGCACAGAAUAUGAACAGCAACUGCCGGCCUCGGCGUGCCGGCGAUACUCCGAGCCUGAGUUUAUCCUGUCGAAUCCUGCACUUGUUCGUAGUUUUAUCGCCAAAUGACCAAUAGCUACUGCAUGGCUUAGGCGGCUGCCGCUUUGCCGCGCUGCACCUUUGCUGUGCCGGGGCGUAAAUGGGCUACGAAUAGGGAAUAAUUUUUAAAACACGUUAAACGCCAAGCAAAAUGUUAGAAAAAUAUCCAUCAGGCCAUUCAUGUUCCGAACAAAUAAUGUGUCUAAUCAACCAUCAACGUCAAAAGCUGACACAAGACGGGAACGACGUGUCCUGAAAAAAAAGAAGGAAAUUCUACGAAAUCUGACGGUAUUGUAAAGGAUGUUAUAGUAAAAAAAUAGGGGGUGAAAUAACAAAUAAUAAGAUUCCAAAAGUUACUACUUAUUGUGACAGUUGUUAAGGAAAUCCCCACUUUUGCCUUGACUGUUUCGGAACAAGUCAUAAAUGAAUGAAUUCUUAGAUUUAGUAUCCCUAUAUAUAUGCAUUUUCACUGGAAUCUUGUUUGUUUUUGUUGAUGUCUAGAUUUAGUAGGAAAUAAAUGAUGUGAAUAAAAAAAUUGAAUAACUAUUUAAAACAAAAAUACACCAAAAAGCUGGCAUGUGGGUAUAUAUAAUCUAUACAAGUCACAGCGGUCCAUAUCUAACGCUAAAAUGAAUUUAAAUAUGGACCUCUGGCUGGAGUCACUGUGGAAAUUAAAUACAAAGCGGUCCAUACGGACCGCCGUGGCGUAAUAGGCCCGUAGUCAAGUGGUCCCAUGAGACCGCCAUGUCGUUUAACGUGUUAACAACCUUUUAACAUAAGCAAGCUAUAAGUAAAACGUUGAUUUGUCAAAUGGAAGCUUACUUAUAUUUAACAACGUUUGAAAUUUGUACUAUUGUUUUUUGCGAGAAUACCUAAAACAUGCUCCUGCACAUUGAAUGUACUGUAAGAUUGUAGUUAAAACGGCUAUUAUCUAUACAUAUAUAGUUUUGAUUGUACAUAUUAUUUGAUCAAAUAUUAUCAUUUGUUGAAGGUAUUGUGAUUAAAAGUAAAUACACCAGAGUAGGAAGCCAAAUAUAAC